AUGGGCUGUGAGGUGCAUGAACGACAGGAAAACACCAUUCUGGUUCUUAUCGGAAAGAACUUCAAAAGUUGCAAGUUGAGGAGGAUUGCAAAUCAUCUUGAAGAUCUCCAGGCUGAGGUUAUCUUGCUCCGACAGCAAAAUGCCUCCCUUAAAGCUCAGAACGAGGCUAUUUCGAAGACCCGAAAGCGCAAGAAGAUCCCCAAUCCUAACAAACGCUUUAUGAUUAUUUCAGAGGCACUUACGGCUGGAGAAGAGGCCAACACAGCCCAGGAAGAGAAGGAUUUGCCUGCUGAGAAUAUUCUGGAGGUUCAAGACGAGGUUGACGAGGAGGACUCUGAGGACGAUAAUGCAGAUAUUCCACGUGAGGAUUCACUAUCAGUUCGUACAUCUUCUGGGCGGGCUAGCUCAAUUGUGCGGGGCAUUUCGCAUUUUAGUGUCCGGCGGGUACGGGUGUCCGGCAAGGGGGGGUCAGACAAUCUCCGCUCCUCAAGCGUGCGUAGUCCAGGAGCUGGCGAAGCCGUCUGUGGCUGUGACGGCCACGAGAACUGGACCUUGAGGCGGAAAUGCAGUUAUGCAAGUGUCUGCAAUCGGCUGGUCGCGCGCAUCGACAACGCGACAGAGGAACGGGGUCAUGACGACAGAAAUGACUUGACAGAAUGCAGACGUAGACGCUCGAGGGAUGUGAUGCUUGGAGACCACUUAUCAGAGCUUGCCGGCACUGAACGAACGGCAUUCAUGGUCAAGGAGCUUGCACGACCUCGAAAGCAGCGCAAGCCCGGGUGGCUGGACAAAAGACCGAAAAGCUAG